CUUUAUGCAACCGAACGGAGAGAAACUAAGACGACUUUAUCUUUUAUGCAACGGGACGACUUUCCUUGUACCUGCUUGAAAACAAUGGAGAAGCUCAUUUCAAGCAGCUACAAGGAAAGACCCUUCCCUGAGACUUACAUAUUCCCACCUGAUGCAAGACCAGGGAAGCUUGCCGUUCCUUUGUGCAACAACAUUCCAGUGAUUGAUUUGGGUGGUGGAGCAGAAGAAGCUUCUGAAUCUGAUGACCGAAGAACCUAUAUCCUAGAGCAAAUACUCAAGGCUAGCCAAGAAUUUGGAUUUUUUCAGGUAAUUAAUCAUGGCAUAUCAGAACAUUUGUUGAGUGAGACAAUGCGCGUGUUCAAGGAGUUUUUUGAAGAGUUGCCUGCAGAGGACAAAGCAAGCCUCUACUCUGAGGACCCCAACAAAAGCUGCAGGCUCUUCACCAGCAGCAGCACUGGAAAUUACGAUGGGGAAGAUGUUCAUAUCUGGCGUGACUGCCUAAAACACCCUUGCCAUCCUCUUGAGGAAUGCAAGCAUGUUUGGCCUCAAAAACCAAUUAGAUAUGGAGAGCUUGUUGGGGCAUGUUCCACACAAGUGAAGGAACUGGCUUCGAACAUUUUGGAGCUAAUCGGUGAAGGACUUGGGGUUGGAGCUGGGUAUUUCAGGGAUGAACUAAGCCAACAAAUGUUACUCUCAGUUAAUUAUUACCCACCUUGCCCAGAACCAAGUUUGACACUGGGAUUACCUAAACACUGUGACCCAAACCUCAUAACCAUUUUACUUCAAGGAGAUGUAAAUGGUCUUCAAGUUUUCAAGGAUGGGGAAUGGAUUGGUGUGGAGCCUCUUCCACAUGCACUUGUGGUUAAUGUAGGUUAUCAGUUACAGAUUAUCAGCAAUGGCAAGUUGAAAAGCGCUGAACAUCGGGCAGUGACGAAUUCAAGUGAAGCUCGGAUUUCAGCUGGGUUUUUCGUGAUGCCUUCCAAUGACUGCCUUAUAGAACCUGCUGCAGCUCUUAUUAAUGCAAGCAAUCCCCAACUUUAUAAGGGCUUCCAAUACAAAGACUUCUUUCUCAACUUCGGUACAAAGCUAGGUAAAACCGAACAAGUACUGGAUCGCUUUAAGCUCCAAGCAAGGUUAGCUAGCUGAAUGGGUGAAAAGGAAUUUCGUGUUGUUGAGCCUUGCGCAUUUGAAUAAAUGUCCUCUUUGCUCUCUGCGGAGGCAAAAAGAGAAGAUCAAGGAAUAGGUAAAGAAAGGAAUCACUUACUCUUCCAUGUCCACCAAACUCACAAGCAUCACUAUCUAGUGCAACUCUGUACUUCCCAGAAGCAAACAAGCAUGCAGAUACUUCUGCAAAGGUAAGAACAAACAUACCCAUCAUAUGUGUUUUCUGGAUGAAAAUUGAACACAAUAACUAAAUCUCCACGCUCAAAGACAAUAACCUGUAACAUCCAAUAAUUACUCAAUGUUUCAAACAUCUAUCUUUGUUUACAUUAUCACUUAACUGUCUUAUCUCUAAUUGGGUUAAAAAAGAAGAUUAUC